AUGGCGGACAGCAGUUCAGAAGAGGGUGGGAGUCUUACAACUUGGGUUCCCUACCGAGAAAGAGAUGAAUGGAAAGACGUCACCCCGGUGCAGCAAGAUGACGGACCUCAUCCCGUUGUGCAGAUAGCUUAUUCAGACAGAUUCCGUGAUGUCUACGACUAUUUCCGAGCUGUUGUGAAGGCUGAUGAACGCAGUGAGAGAGCAUUGCAGCUGACCCAGGAUGCAGCCGAAUUGAACCCAGCCAAUUACACUGUGUGGCUGUACAGGCGAGUUUUGCUGAAGGAACUCAAGAAGGAUUUGAAUGAGGAACUCUCCUACAUAUCUGAAAUGAUUGAAGACAACCCGAAAAAUUAUCAAGUCUGGCACCAUCGCAGAGUGAUUGUGGACUGGCUUAAAGACCCCUCAAAAGAGCUUGGCUUCACAGCCUCCAUGCUGAAGCUUGACUCUAAGAAUUACCAUGCUUGGCAACACAGACAGUGGGUGAUCCGUGAGUUUAACCUGUGGGAGUCGGAGAUUGAAUAUGUUGACAAGCUUCUGACUGAAGAUUUAAGGAAUAACUCUGCCUGGAAUCAAAGAUACUUUGUCAUCAGCAACACCUCCAGAUUCACUGACAAGGUCAUCGACAGAGAAGUCCAAUACACACAGGAGAAGAUUCGUAAAGCGCCUAACAAUGAAAGUGCCUGGAACUACUUGAAAGGUGUGUUGCUGGACAAGGAGUUGAGUACCUACCCUGGUUUGUUGGAGUUUUGUCAGAAGUUGUUUGAUGAGCGAUAUCGGUCCCCUUACCUGAUUGCCUGUAUGGUAGACACAUAUGAGGAAAUGCUGGAGCUGGGAUGUAAACAGCCAGAGGAAACUCUCAGCAAAGCUAUAGAGUUGUGCAAAUCUUUGGCUGAGACAUAUGAUACAAUCCGCUGUGAGUACUGGAACUACGUGUCCGAUCACUGACCCAGACCUAUGGCACAGAGAAGGCAGCAACGUGAUACCUCUGUGCUGGGACCAUACAGAAUUUCUCCACACCUUGUCCAUCCUGGGGGCCGUUCACCACCGCUCUCAUCUCUCGCCACCAGGAUAACAUGAUUCUGAGUGACUGUGAACUGUACUGCCCUUUUGUGGGCUCAUCACAAGUACUUUUGUGCGCAUAAACUUUAUAAAUCUAUUCAGGGGAGAAUACUGUGUUAAGCUAAGUUUGCACAAGUAGGCCAUGUACGCAUGACAAUUAGGGAAAUGCCCAUCAACAUGACCUGCUUGUUCACACACAGCUUAACAUGAUAUUCUCCCGGGAAUAGAUGAAUAUGGGCUACAGCAUAAUUCUACAGAGAUGAAGUGAACUCAUUUCUCUACACUGAAGCAUAAACAAAGCAGAUUGUGGUAUUAUUGUUGUACAAUUGCUUUUGAUGAAGUUUUGUGCUCUGUUGUGUUGAAGUAAAUCUUAAUGAAGUGCUGAUAAGGGAAACCUUUCUCGAAGGGAGAGAAAUCAAGAAAGCAUGAUUUUGCAAAGUUCUUUCCUUGGAAUGGAGUUUACUACGUAUUGUUUGAUAAUAAAUCUGAUUUCUCAGAUUAAAAGAAUAAAGUCCUA